CGCCUGGGGAGGGGGCAGCCAGGGCCUGUGGCGCUCUAGGGGACGGCCGCCUAGAGGCCAGGGAUGAGGUCAAGGGUGGCGUGGGGGCCGGGGCCGGACGUGGCCUGCGGACUCAGCGCUCCACACACGCACUCACACAAAAGAAGCCGGAAAGUGGCCGAAGGAAGCGGGCGCGUCACGGGGGCCGAGCCAGGAGCCUGGCGCACCCGCCCCGCCGCAUCCCAGGUCCACGACCCGCUCGCCCCACCGCUCUUCCCGCGCCACCGCCACCGCCGCCACCGCCACCACCGCGGCGCCGCCAAUGAGACUCCUCCCGCUCCUCGUGGGGUUUUCCACUUUGCUGAAUUGUUCCUACACUCAAAAUUGUACCAAGAAACCUUGUGUCCCAAAUGCAAGAUGUGAAAUACGGAAUGGCGCUGAAGGCUGUUAUUGCAACAUUGGAUUUUCGGGAAAUGGGGUCUCAAUUUGUGAAGAUGAUAACGAGUGUGGAAAUUUAACCCAGUCCUGUGGUGAAAAUGCUAACUGCACAAACACAGAGGGAAGUUACUAUUGUAUGUGUGAACCUGGUUUCAGAUCCAGCAAUAACCAAGACAAGUUCAUCACUAAUGAUGGAACCAGCUGCAUAGAUAUAGAUGAAUGCAGUGAUUUGUCUGCCUGUGGUGAUCAUGCAGUGUGUGAAAAUCUGCAUGGUGGAUAUAACUGCUCCUGCAAAGAAGGUUACCAGACGUCCACAGGAAACCCACAGUUCACACCUAAUGAUGGCACUUAUUGCCAAGAAAUUGUGAAUGCAGACUGCCAUUUAGAUAAUGCCUGUAUUGCUGCGAAUAUUAAUAAAACUUUAACAAAAAUGAGACACAUAGGAGAACCUGUGGCUUUGCUACAAGAAAUCUAUAGAAAUUCCGCGAAAGAUCUUUCACCAGUGGAUGUAAUUACAUAUAUAGAAGUAUUAGCUGAGUCAUCCACAUUACUGGGUUAUAUGAAUAGCACUGCUAAUUCAGCCAAGGACACCCUUUCUAAUUCAACUCUUACUGAAUUUGUAAAAACUGUGAAUAAUUUUGUUCAAAAGGAUACAUUUAUAGUUUGGGACAAGUUAUCUAUGCACCAUAGGACAACUCAUCUUACAAAACUGAUACAUGCUGCUGAACAGGCUACCUUAAGGAUAUCUCAGAACUUCCAAAAGACCACACAGUUUGAUACUAAUUCAAGUGACAUAGCUCUCAAAGCUUUCUUUUUUGAUUCAUACCACAUGAAACAUAUUCAUCCCCAUAUGAAUGUAGAUGGAGAUGAUAUAAAGAUAUUUCCAAAGAGAAAAGCUGCAUAUAAUUCAAAUGGCAAUGUUGCCGUUGCAUUUUUACAUUAUAAGAGCAUUGGCCCUUUGUUUUCGUCAUCCGACAACUUCUUAUUGGAACCUCAAAGUUAUGAUGAAGCUGAAGAGGAUGGAAGAGUCAUCUCUUCAGUAAUUUCAGUCUCAAUUAGCUCAAACCCACCCACAUUGUAUGAACUUGAAAAAAUAACGUUUACAUUAAGUCACGUAAAGACUGCAGAUAAGGAUAGUAGUCGGUGUGCAUUUUGGAACUACCUACCUGACACCAUGAAUGGAAGCUGGUCCUCAGAGGGCUGUGAGCUGAUGUACUCCAAUGAGACCCACACCUCAUGCCGCUGUAAUCACCUGACACAUUUUGCAAUUUUGAUGUCUUCUGGUUCUUCCGUUGGUAUUAAAGAUUAUAAUACUCUUACAAGGAUCACUCAACUAGGAAUAAUUAUUUCACUGAUUUGCCUUGCCAUAUGCAUUUUUACCUUCUGGUUCUUCAGUGAAAUUCAAAGCACCAGGACAACAAUUCACAAAAAUCUCUGCUGUAGCCUAUUCCUUGCAGAAUUUGUUUUUCUUGUUGGGAUCAAUACAAAUACUAAUAAGCUCUUUUGUUCAAUCAUCGCAGGGCUACUGCAUUACUUCUUCUUAGCUGCCUUUGCAUGGAUGUGCAUUGAAGGCAUCCACCUCUACCUCAUUGUGGUAGGAGUCAUCUACAACAAGGGAUUUUUGCACAAGAACUUUUAUAUCUUUGGCUAUCUCAGCCCAGCUGUGGUAGUUGGAUUUUCAGCAUCAUUAGGUUACAGAUAUUAUGGCACCACCAAAGUAUGUUGGCUUAGCACAGAAAACAACUUUAUUUGGAGUUUUAUAGGACCAGCAUGUCUGAUCAUUCUUGUUAACCUCUUGGCAUUUGGAGUUAUCAUUUACAAAGUUUUUCGCCACACUGCAGGGUUGAAACCAGAAGUUAGUUGCUAUGAGAACAUAAGGUCUUGCGCCAGAGGAGCCUUGGCUCUCCUCUUUCUCCUCGGCACCACCUGGAUCUUUGGGGUUCUCCACGUUGUGCAUGCAUCGGUGGUGACCGCUUACCUCUUCACCGUCAGCAAUGCCUUCCAGGGGAUGUUCAUCUUCUUAUUCCUGUGUGUUUUAUCUAGAAAGAUCCAAGAAGAAUAUUAUAGAUUGUUCAAAAAUGUCCCUUGUUGUUUUUGGAUGUUUGAGGUAAAUAGAGAACAAUGAAUAAUUAUUGCUACAGGGAAGUAAAAAAAAAAAAUCCAAGUUGUGGAUGGCUGAUGUCUAAAAAUGACUCAAACAAAUUAUCAAAUUAUUAAUUACUAGAUAGUCAGUUAUUUUAAAUCAGUUUUUCUGUGUAUUGUGUAGAUAAGAAGCAAUCAAAUUAUAUAGCUAUAGUAGGCUUUCGUACAUGACUUAGUUACGUUGAAAAUAGUAUUGCCGAUAUUUAGAAAGUAAUUGGUUUCUCAGAGUGAUAUCUCUGUGCCCAAGGAGAGAUUUUCUUCCUAACACAAAAAAUAUAUGAAUAUCCUGAAGGAAACCACUGGCUUGAUAUUUUUGUGACUCAUGUUGCCUUUGAAACUAGUCCCCUAUCACCUUGGUAAUGAGCUCCGUUACAGAACGGGGAACAUAAGAGAAUGUAGGGGUAGAAUACAAAACAGUAGAAAGGGAAUGACUGUUAUGACAAUGAGAUGUAUCUUGGGCAGCCUUCUUGUUUUGUAAACUUGAUGAGAAAUAAAGAGGUAAAACAAAGAAUUGAAUAAACACAUCUUAACCAUUUCA